UGCAGGGAUCAGAGUGGGCUGGGGAGAAGUGGGGUGGAUCACGGAAAGUGUACAAAGUCUACUCGUGCCCGUGGAUGUUAUACUAUAUUCCCACCCAGAGGGAGGAGAGAGAGAGAGAGAGGGAGAGGGAGAGGGAGAGAGAGAGAGAGAGAGAGAGAGAGAGAGAGAGAGAGAGAGCUCCUCACACGCCGGAGGGUCGGAGAGACGGUCACACAGGAGCUGAGAUGCCACAGAGACACACCAGUUAGGGCCAGAGAGAGAGAGAGAGAGAGAGAGAGGGCAGGGAAACUAGUGACAGCUCGGAGUGACAGCUCGGAGUGAGAGCGCUGUGCAGUGACAGCUGGGAGUGACAGCUCGGAGUGAGAGCGCUGUGCAGUGACAGCUGGGAGUGACAGCUCGGAGUGAGAGCGCCGUGCAGUGACAGCUCGGAGUGACACGUUACCGGGGAGAGACCGCCGCCUGCAGCCCCCGGGCUCCCCUCCUGCUGGCCCGCCGCUCUACAUGGACGUGGUUCUCGGAUCCGGGGUCUCCGGUUAGAGCGUGAAGUAUUGUCGUGCGCUACUGAAGCCCAUGGCUUACACGUACAGCUCCUCUUCCGCUGCUCCGGUGGGGACCCAAUACUGCGUCUGCCGGGUGGAACUCUCCGUUUCCUGCCAGAACCUCCUCGACCGUGACGUUGCAUCCAAGUCCGACCCAUUUUGCGUCUUGUUUUUGGAAGUGAAUGAGAAAUGGACUGAGAUUGACAGAACCGAAACAAAUGUUAAUAACCUGAACCCUGUAUUUUCCAAGAAGUUUACAACCAAUUACCACUUUGAAGAAGUGCAGAAGUUAAAGUUUGCCAUCUUUGACCAGGACAAGUCCAGCACACAGUUACAUGAACACGACUUCCUGGGGGAAUUUCACUGCACGCUGGGAUCGAUUGUUUCCAGCAAGAAGAUAACACGACCUUUAGUUUUAGGAAAUGGGAAGCCAGCAGGGAAGGGAGUCAUAACGAUCAUUGCCCAAGAGCUGUCUGAUAACAGAGUCAUCACACUCUCCAUGGCCGGGAGGAAGCUGGACAAGAAGGACUUGUUCGGAAAGUCUGACCCGUUUUUAGAAUUCUACAAACAAGGGGAUGAUGGGAAGUGGAUGCUGGUUCAUAGAACAGAGGUCAUAAAGUACACUCUGGACCCCAUAUGGAAGCCAUUUACUGUACCCUUACAGUCACUGUGCAAUGGAGACAUUGAGAAGCCCAUAAAGGUGGUGUGCUUUGAUUAUGACAAUGAUGGAGGACAUGAUUUUAUAGGGGAGUUUCAGACCACAGCCAUAAAAAUGUGUGAAGCUCGUGAUUCCAAGUCUGUAGAAAUUGACUGUAUUAAUCCAAAGAAGCAAAAGAAAAAGAGGAACUACAAAAACUCCGGGGUAAUCCUCAUUAAAUUCUGUAAGAUUACCAGAGAUUAUACCUUCCUGGACUACAUACUGGGAGGUUGUCAGCUGAUGUUUACAGUGGGAAUUGACUUUACUGCAUCAAAUGGAAAUCCCAGAGAUCCCUCAUCUCUACAUUACAUCAACCCCAUGGGCACAAACGAGUACCUGUCUGCACUGUGGUCUGUUGGGCAGAUAAUUCAGGAUUAUGAUUCGGAUAAACUGUUUCCUGCUCUGGGGUUUGGUGCACAGCUGCCACCAGACUGGAAGGUGUCCCAUGAAUUUGCCAUUAAUUUCAAUCCCACCAGCCCGUUCUGCUCAGGGGUGGAAGGCAUUAUAGAAGCGUACUCUGCUUGUCUCCCUCACAUACGUUUCUAUGGACCUACCAAUUUUUCUCCAAUCAUUAACCACGUGGCGCGGUUUGCAGCUCAAGCAACGCAGCAAGAAUCAGCUGGGCAAUACUUUAUCCUCCUGAUUAUAACAGACGGUGUUAUUAGCGACAUGGAUGAAACACGGCAUGCUGUUGUCCAAGCGUCUAAGCUCUCCAUGUCCAUCAUUAUCAUCGGGGUGGGAAAUGCUGACUUUUCUGCCAUGGAGUUCCUGGAUGGGGAUAACCGAGUUCUUAGAUCUUAUACCGGAGAGGAGGCGUCGCGAGACAUUGUGCAGUUUGUACCCUUCCGGGAGUUUCGUAAUGCACCUAAAGAAACUCUGGCCAAAGCCGUUCUUGCAGAACUCCCGCAACAAGUGGUGGAUUACUUCAAGAACCACAACCUGCCCCCCAUCAAGUCCGAGGGUGUAUAACUGCCUGUGGUUGCCUCCCGCGUGCCAUGACACCUGCGGGCUGCUCUGUAUUAGACCAGCUAUCAGUGUGACCAUGUUUAUGGCGACUAUCUGAUGAGAACAUACUUUCCUGUACUAUUAAAGCCAUCGUUUUGUCUUUUUCCCACUUCUGAUGCCAGAGGUUACUGAGGCAAAUCCAGACUGCACAAGGCCCAGACUAGGACUGCUGCUAUAUUAACCAGGGCACUCCCAGUUACCAGUCUCUGUAUCCUCUGGGUGGCCUUAUGUGAGACAAGACUGCUGGUGCGUCACUUGCUGGGACCUUAGCUGCAGGACAACAGACAGAGUUUUACAAUUUCGUCAUACGUUGAACAUUGAAACUAGACAAUCUCCUGGACUCCGGCUUUUGUAAACGUCAGACAUAUUACGCUAAGCACAUCUAGGGCCAGUACAUUUUUGUAAAAACAAAGUAAUCUAUAUGUAUUGUAAAAAAAAAUAUAUAUAUACAAUAACAAUUUCUGAGGUAAAGUAACAAAACAUCACUAGAAUCUAAUGUUUUAAGGGUACAUAUUGGGGAAGUCUUACUGGCAUAAAAAGAAACAAUAUAGUCGCUUUAUUUUCUCA